AUGGCGCAACUUUAUGCCCUGCGGCGGCUGCCAUUUAGCCUGCAUCUCCUGGUACUGUCCCUGGUUUGCUCCGCUAGCGCGCAGAGUUCAGCGGCGCCCGAACUCCCUAGCAAUACCACAACUCCGGAACCGAAGAGAGGAUGGUAUUCGGAAGGAUGUUACACGGACAAUGUCGGUGGCCGGUCGCUCUCCGUGGGAAUGGGAGUGACUGGUGGCAUGACCAACGACAAGUGCAAGGCUGCAUGCCGAGCUGGAGGUUUCGUCCUGGCUGGUACUGAGUAUGCCGGCGAGUGUUUCUGUGACAACCAGAUUCGAGCCAAUGGCGGUCCUGCACCUGACGGCGAGAAGGGAUGCAACAUGGCAUGCAAUGGCAACCAGACAGAGAUGUGCGGCGGUCCCGAUCGCUUGACAUUUUUCCGUUUCUACACGGGUGGUGAAUCGUCCACCUCGGCCACUGCUACGUCUACCGCUUCUGCAACAGCAUCUGCUACUGGAGCAUCCAGCGCAGCGCCCAUUGCUACUGGGCUCCCAGAAGGCUUCGAGUACAAAGGCUGCUAUGUUGAUGGACCCGGAUUCCGCAUCGUCAACUACCAACAACCCGAUGAUCAGAAGAUGACCGUUGCAUCAUGCACCAGUAUAUGCGCGAAAGCCGGCUAUGAGAUUGCAGCCAUGGAGUACAGCUACCAAUGCUUCUGCGACAAUGCUGUGAGAAUGGGCGGCAAGCCUGCAUCUUCCGAGUCAGAGUGCAACACCAAGUGUGCUGGUAACCAAGCCGAGACGUGUGGAGGCCCCAACCGAAUGAGCAUCUACUCAAGCCAGGAUCCAUUGAAGGUCGUCAAAGUUCCAACACCGACCCAGAACGUGAGCGACUGGCAAUACCAAGGAUGCAUCACCGACAUCGGCAACCAAGUAUUCCCGCACAAGCUCUUGAACCAGACUGGUAACUCACCAGAAUGGUGUCUGAGCCGAUGCCAAGCCUUUGGUUACAUGGCCGCCGGAAUGGAGUACGGAGAAGAGUGCUACUGCGGUGACCUCGAUGGUAUUGAGAAGAUUGGCUCGAAGCCCGCCCCAGAGUCUGAAUGUAGCAUUGCUUGCCCAGGAGACCCUGAGGCGCUCUGUGGCGCAGGUAACCGACUCAGCUGGUACAAGUGGGAGGGUGACCCAUUGUACGUCUGGGAGUACCCUAAAGGCACCGCAGCGGGACGCUACGAGUUCCUAGUCGGCGGUCCCAUCAUUCCUCUGAUCGCGCAGCCUGGUGUAAACGGCAAGGUCUCCUUCCUCGAGAAGCACGGAACAGGCGAGCCGAACACGACUGGUGCAUAUGAGUUCGACCCUUCGAUUGGUGGUGACAUCUUCCACGCCUUCCGUGAGCUGACCGGCAUCAAGACGGAUAUCUUCUGUGCUGCAGGUCUGACUCUACCGGAUCGCGCCGGCCGACAGAUCAACAUUGGUGGAUGGUCGACAGACUCCCUGUUCGGCGUCCGCAUCUACUGGCCAGACGGUUCGGCCGGUGUCAACGGUACCAACAACUGGCAGGAGGAUGUCAACACGGUUAAGCUCCAAAGAGGUCGCUGGUACCCAACAGGAAUGGUCAUGGCUAACGGAUCUAUGCUCAUCGUCGGCGGACAAGAUGGCUCGAACGGCCCGCCAGUGCCUAACAUGGAGAUCUUGCCCACGGUCGGACCUGUGUAUGAAGCGCAGUACCUGAGAGAUACCGACCCAUACAAUCUGUACCCAUUUUUGGUCGUGCUACCAUCCGGUGGUAUCUUCAUCCAGUACUACAACGAAGCACGCAUCCUCGAUGAACGCAGCCUAGACACAGUCAAGAUCCUGCCAAAGGUACCGGCUGCCGUCAACGAUCCCACAGGAGGCCGCACGUACCCCUUUGAGGGUACCCAGGUCCUUCUUCCGCAGUACUACCCUUACAGUGCGCCAUUGGAGGUCCUCAUUUGCGGUGGCGCAUCAGCUCAGCCAAACGUGGGACUUGACAACUGCGUCAGCAUCGAACCAGAUACUGCCAAUGCUCAAUGGAGUCUCGAGAGGAUGCCUUCCCGACGUGUCAUAUCCUGCAUGGCAACACUACCAGACGGCACUUAUCUAAUCUUGAACGGAGCAGAGAUUGGACAGGCAGGCUUUGGUCUUGCAGACCAGGCGAACUUGAAUGCUGUCUUGUACGAUUCCAGGAAGCCGCGAGGCAAGCGAAUGAGUGUUAUGGCCAACACUACCAUCGCACGUAUGUACCACUCCGAGGCUGUCAUCAUGGAUGACGGAAGAGUACUGGUGUCGGGCUCCGACCCGCAAGAUCAGGGUAAGCAUCCUCAGGAGCACCGUCUGGAGGUCUUCCUUCCACCUUAUCUACUCUCCGGCGCGGCACAGCCCACCUUCGACUUGCCACAGGUCGACUGGAUCUGGGAGGCAGACUACUCGUUCACUGUGACUUCAUCCUCCGGUGGCGCGAUCAAGGUGUCGCUGCUUGGUUCCGAGUCUAGUACCCAUGGAAGUUCGAUGGGCGCACGCAUUUUGUUCCCGAGCGUGUCAUGCUCAGGCCGGUCAUGCACCGUCAAGGCGCCGAAGGGGCCAUACAUCGCUCCUGUAGGCUGGUACAGGAUGUUCGUUCUGGAUGGGCCUACGCCCUCGCAUGCGAAGUGGGUUCGCAUUGGGGGUGACCCGGCUUCACUCGGCAACUGGCCCAAUGAGGCUGCCUUCCAGCCAUUGCCAGGUGUUGGACCUGUCGGAGGGGUUUCAACCUUGAGCGCGAACGCGACUAAGCCAAGAUCUAUUUCAACAGCGCCUCGCAGCUUCAAGGGCUGA